UUACAGGACGUUGGUCAAAAAUCCUUCGAAAGUUCUUUAAAUGUCGAAUACAAAUUACUGUCUUCUCUCUAUCUUUAAUAUUUUUAAAAAUAUUUUCGAUAGACUUUUUUAAUCAAUAUUUUCUACGUACAACAGAUUGUCCCAUAAUUUCUCCAUUACUAGUUGGUUGGAUGGAUAUCCCUCAAUCUACGAAAUCCCUUGGUGUUACAAACGAACAUGACAUCGAGCUACGUUUGAAAGAAAAUGGAUUAGAAAUUGGAGGAAGCUACAAGCCCAAAUAUUGUCGAUCAAGGAACAAAGUUGCCAUCGUUAUCCCUUACCGCAACAGAAAAGUUCAUUUGAUUAUUUUUCUAUCUUAUAUUCAUUUGUUUCUUCAGCGACAGCAACUGGAAUAUUCCAUAUUUGUCGUGGAGCAGACUGAUGGCUCGCCAUUCAAUAGAGGGAUGUUAAUGAACAUUGGGUUUGAAGAAGCUCAGUUACAAAGCAAUUUCAAAUGUUUCAUAUUUCACGACAUUGAUAUGUUACCAGAAAACGAUGCCAACCUAUACGGAUGUCCAGAAGACGGGAAACCUCGUCAAAUGGCUUUUACCAUUGACAUCUUUGAAUACAAAUCUACUCCAGAUGGAUAUUUCGGAGGUGUUACCGCAUUUUCAAUCAAGGAUUUCCGAAAAGUAAACGGCUUUUCAAAUUUAUUCUGGGGAUGGGGUGGAGAGGACGAUGAUUUGUUUCAACGUUUAAGUUUUCACAAUCUAACUGUAACACGUCCUUUUGAUGGUCUACCAAAUCUCACUUCUUUCGCACGUUACCGAACCUUAUACCAUACCGAAGAAAAACCUAAUCCAGAGCGUUGGCGUCUAAUUCAGGAAGGGAAAUGGCGCUUUCAAACAGAUGGAUUAAUAAGUCUCCAGUAUCGAAGACUGUUUAUAAAAUUUAAACCCCUUUAUACACAUAUUUAUGUAGACAUAAAAAAAUAUUAA